CUUCACCAAGCGAGGUCGCUGUUACUGAAGCUUCUAGUAAUUAACCCAUUUUCAAAACAACAGGUUCAGUGCUUCACCACAGCUUCAUUUGCUAUCACUAGUAGCUAGCGUAGCAUUGUGGCGAAAGUCGUGUGUGGUUAUUUGUAGAAAUAAACGAAUUACAACAACAAUUGAAAAUGGAUACACUGAAAGCUGAGAUCCUAAGGAAAAGAAAACUCAUCGAAGACAAACAGCUUGUUGACGGCUCCAAAAAAUUCUUCAAAAGGUCUGAUCUUGCACGCAUGGAACAAGAAGAAUACUUCAUAAGAUGUGGAUACAAGGUACAGAGAGAGACUCCUGACAGCCAGAUUGAUAAGAAAGAUGAUAAUGAGCCAUCCACCUCAGCUAAUCCAGUGUUAGAACUGGAGCUAACAGAAGAGAAGCUGCCAAUGACACUGUCGCGACAGGAAGUAAUUCGCCGGCUUAGGGAACGAGGGGAACCAGUUCGACUGUUUGGCGAGUCCGAUUAUGAUGCCUUCCAGAGACUAAGGAAGAUUGAGAUUCUGACCCCAGAAGUAAACAAGGGCUUGAGGAAUGACCUAAAAGCAGCCAUGGACAAGAUUGACCAGCAGUACCUAAAUGAGAUUGUUGGAGGAACAGAGCCAGGAGAAGUGGACACACAGCACGACCUGAAAGUGCACGAAGAAAACACCACUAUAGAAGAGUUAGAGGUUCUUGGUAAAACCCUGGGCACAGGAGAUGAUGAUAGAGACCAGGAGCUUAUUGACAAGUUUUUGAGGUUUCUUCUUGGUGUUUGGGCCAAAGAUCUGAACAGCCGAGAGGACCACGUGAAGCGAAGCGUUCAGGGCAAGCUGGCCAGCGCAACUCAUUCACAGACUGAGUCUUACCUCAAACCUCUCUUCAGGAAGCUCAGGAAGAAGAGUUUACCAGCUGACAUCAAAGAGUCGAUCACGGACAUAAUUAAAUUCAUGUUGGAGAGAGAAUAUGUCAAGGCAAAUGAUGCCUACUUGCAGAUGGCCAUCGGUAAUGCUCCCUGGCCUAUCGGUGUGACCAUGGUGGGUAUCCAUGCUCGUACUGGGCGAGAAAAGAUCUUCUCCAAGCAUGUGGCCCAUGUUCUCAACGAUGAGACACAGAGGAAAUACAUCCAGGGACUGAAGAGGCUAAUGACUAUCUGUCAGAAACACUUCACGACUGUGCCAUCAAAGUGUGUGGAGUACAAUGCUCUUUAACUUGUGACUUCAACUUAAUUUAGGCUAAAACUGUCAGGUCAGCUGUAUCGCAAUCCAAAAUGGGAUUUUUUUCACAGCAGCUCAAUGAUAGGUUCUGGCAUGACUGACGUACAUCAGGGGCCUUCAAGUACGUCUGCAGUUUGUCGGGCAUAACAAAAAUCAUUAUUUAAACAGAAUUUGGGUGAGUCAGGCCUUUUGUAUGCUGUCAGAAUUGUGCUAACGUAUAAGGGAAAUUUAGAUAAUUUAAAUUUAGGUGGAGAAAACUCAACAAGCCUUGAAUCCUAUUAGACUUGUCUUUGUAAACUACUGGGAAAACUGAUACAACUGUCAUGCCAAUAAUAGUCCCAUGACUUCAGUGCUAUUUAAGAAUUUUUU